AUGGUUGCUCCCACCGACGAACAUGAAUGCAGCUCCACAGUGACCUUGAGCGCGGGGACCUCCUUGAGAACAAUUGGCGACCGUGAGGCGCCAAUGAACCGGGCAACUGGGCAGAAACGGACAGGAGACGGGGAGAUGAGGACGAGCCCGCAAUUGCCCGGGAAGAGGCACGCACGCCUGAAUACCAAAGCCGUUCUGCUCUCCUUGCUGUCUACUCCUCGAGCUGCCAUGGCUGCGUGCCUAUCGCUCCAGGGUUCCAAGGCAUGCUCUGCUUUCCAGUCAUCUUCCGUGUCCACCACCGAUGAGCAUUUGACGGGUCUCUAUCCUUUCCUCAAAUUUGCCUCAAGCGUAGAGGUCUUUGACGGGCUCUUGGCUUCAUACGUGGAGACAGAGUACGUCCGAGGACAGUACGGUGGCCUACUGGGCUGCACGGGUAUCAACUAUGCCAACACAAGCGACAUCUAUGCGCGCUUCACGACGACGGUAAUCUGUAAUGCUAUUAUCCAAAAUUCCAUCCAGCCCUGCGACCUCGCUGCGGCAGAUUCUCGGCCGGUUUGCGCCGAUACAUGCGCCGAAUUUGCGCAGGCGGAGGCUUAUCUCUUGAGUGAUACCGCCUUCUGCCCGCAGCCUAGUAGCAAUGCCCAGUCGCAGAUCAGGGCUGACUUCACGAACUGCGCUCUGCCUGGCAAGUCAUUAUCCAGCCAAGACUGCAUUCCGGGGAUAGCAAACGAGCCCGACAACUGCGGAUACGGUAACAGCACCAUCGGACUGUGUUCUUACUGUGCUAAGGGCGGUAUCAACUCGACCGACACAUGCUGCUAUAGUUCUGAUGCGGAGACACGCUGUGCCGGAGUUGUGCUACCGACAAUCUCACCAAUCACGCUCCCGACGGUGACGGCUACCGUGACUCCAUCUCCUAACGAUCAUUCGGCCGGCGGUGGCGGACUUUCUGGGGGCAAGGUUGCGGGCAUUGUCAUUGGCUCUGUUCUUGGCGCUGCCCUUUUGGCAGCCCUCGCUUUCGCCUUUCUUAUGUACAGGCGGAGGAGAAGCGGCAGUCAAAACGGAAGCAUCUUCAACCAACCGUCGCCCGCUCGUCGGGGACCGCCACCGUCGUCGCAGAUCGGACAGACAGUCACGCCAGCCGGCUUUGAGGUGCUGCCGGGAGGGAGAAUCGCCCGAAUGUCGGCCCUUGAGGGCCAUUCCGGGGACACACCGUCGCGCCAUAUGGGCCGCGAUACACCUGGGUCAACUCCCGGGACUGCAGCAGGGUAUCGUGGAAGCAGCCGACGAACCCAUGACCAUUCCCACUCGUCCUCGGAUGGAUUCGGCGACAGCCCAGCGUCUGAGCGUGGCAUGGCUGGCGUGCUCGGGCCACCUCCGGCCAUGCUGAAAAAGCGGAACGGGUCCCUGUCCAGCAACUCGGUGUUAGCCGGCGAGGAGGCGCAGUCACCUAGCUCCGGCGGCAUCUCAUCCCCUCAAGGGGUGGCGAGCCAGCAGUCAGAACAGCUGCCAUUCUUCAAGGACUAUUAUUCUCAGGACGACAUACAUCCCGGUGAUCGAGUUGCUGUCCUGUGGGCGUAUCAACCACGGGCUGCCGAUGAGUUCCUGCUGGAACGUGGUGACAUGCUCAAGGUCGUGGGCAUUUGGGACGAUGGAUGGGCCACGGGCGUCAUGGUGGAUGAACGCGCCGAACAGUGGGAGGCUCGCCGGCAAGCUCAAAGAGACAGCGGGGUCUCGAACACAUCAGGAAGAGCCCUUGACUAUUCGCCCCCCGCUAGCGGCGAGAUCAAGGCAUUUCCGCUGGUUUGCGUUUGCCUUCCGGAGCACUGGAGAAAGACGAUUGAGGGCGACGGAUCCACCGACACGACCUCUAGCGCUCUUCCCUACACUACGACGACGCAAGCUUAA